AUGACAUUCAAUUCGGUAACUUGUCGAUAUGAAACAGUAAUUAAUAGAUUGCCAACUAAUACUAGCUAUGAGUGGAAAGUUGCUUAUAAUGAAAACUGGGGUGGAGAUCAAGGAUGUAAUGGAGAUGCUAAUUGUCAAUUUAACAGUGGUUCUGCUGGUGCAGUACUUCUUAUCUAUAAUCCAUUUAGUGGACAACUGACGACAAUCUCUAUAAGUAGUAGUGAAACAACAGCUCCAGUUGUCUCUACUUCUGCACCAUCAGUAUGUUCAAAUUCAUUCAAAGAUUGUAUAGUUCGAGCAUCGGAAGAUUAUCAAACUGAAUUAGGUAGUGCAGCUCCAUGGUUCCCUACAGAAGCAAAUAGUUUAAUGACAUUUGAUGAAACAUCUUGUCUAUAUUUACUUAUUCUUUCUGGUUUGAUACCAAAUAAAUUCUAUGAAUGGAAAGUUACUUUUGAUAAUUCAUGA